AUCACAACGACCCUCAACAGUACGUUCAUACUCCCCGCCUUCGAGAUACCUCACUCGCAACUCGCCACUGAGAAUCUCAUCACAUCGCCAAAAUGGUCAAGACAAGUGUGCUCAACGAUGCGCUCAAAUCCAUCAACAACGCCGAGAAGGCCGGCAAGCGCCAGGUCCUGAUCCGCCCAUCCUCCAAGGUCAUUGUGAAGACUUUGACUGUCAUGCAAAAGCACGGAUACAUUGGUGAAUUUGAGGAAAUCGACGACCACCGCAACGGCAAGAUCGUCGUCCAGCUUCUUGGACGUCUGAACAAGACUGGUGUUAUCAGCCCCCGCUACAACGUACAGCUAGGUGACCUCGAGAAGUGGGUUGUCAAGCUCCUUCCGUCCCGUCAAUUCGGAUACAUCGUCCUCACGACUUCCGCGGGUAUCAUGGACCACGAGGAGGCCAGGAGAAAGCACGUCGCCGGCAAGAUCUUGGCUUUCUUCUACUAGAGUAUCUGUCGCUAGGAAAUGUGAAAAUAUGCUAUGUUGAUAGAGCUGGUUGGAGUGACAGAGUGCCGAACGCGUAUGAACGGCGUUCUCAAAAUCAAAAAGUCUUACACAUCCGAGACAAAC